CCAAAAUAAACUUGAGACGAAAAUGUAACUUAAAAUUGAAGAUCACAUCAACAUCAUCAGUUGUAAAAUUUAUCUGUGUUAGAUAAGUAUUAUUAUUAUUUAUGAUGGACAGUGAGAAUAUGGUGAUGCAUAGUGAUUCUAUUACCAAUAUUUUUGAUAUCUCAUGUGAAGUAUUGGAACAAUAUUUGAAAACAAAAUCAAAUGUUAUGCUGGUCAUUGAUUGUCGACCUUUCCUUGCUCACAAUGAAUCUCAUAUAGUAAACGCUAUUAACGUUCAUUGUCCACCAAUCCUUAGACGACGAACUGGAGGUCGACUACCAUUGAAGACAAUUAUCACCGAUAUUGUUGUCCGUGAAAGAUUGAUUGCUGGACAAUUUUUCCCAGUUAUACUCUAUGAGGAUUCAAUUUUAAACUCAAGUGAAUCUACAUGUGGCUUUGUUGCCAGGUGCUUACAGCAAGAAACCAGUCUUGAGUUCAUCUACAUCCUUAAAGGAGGCUAUCAACAAUUUGCACAUCGUUAUCCCAACUCUUGUACACGAAAUGGACACCUUAUCUCACCAGGCUACUCUAAUCUGAUUAAAAGUCCGUCUGCCGGUCAUUUAACCUGGUUAACGGUUAAAAAUGGAACCACCGUGGGUAGCUUUUAUAAGGGUAAUCACUCGCCGAGAACACCCAAAGCAUUAAACACCAUUUAUGGUCCACUUUAUAUGGAUAAUUCAAUUCAUUUAGUUACUCGUGAAAGUGAUCAAGGUGAACCUGUAGAAAUAUUACCCUACCUUUAUCUUGGGAGUGGUUAUCAUGCCUCAUGUAAACGUAACUUGGAAAAGUUAGGAAUCACGGCUUUACUGAAUGUGUCUCAAAAUUGUCCCAACUAUUUUGAAGAUACAUUUAUCUAUAAAUGUAUUCCAGUUGAGGAUUCAAGUUCCGAAGAGAUUAGCUUAUGGUUUGACGAAGCAAUUGAUUUUAUCGAUUCAAUCAAGCAAUCAAAUGGUAAGGUGUUGGUUCAUUGUCGAGCUGGAAUCAGUCGAUCAGCAACAAUAUGCAUGGCUUAUUUAAUGGCAACCAAAAAAUUACGGAUGGAAGAGUCUUAUGAGUUUGUUAAAUCACGACGGCGAAUUGUUUCACCCAAUUUUAACUUCAUGGGCCAAUUAUUAGGAUUUGAGGCUAAAUUAUUUAAUUCACCAACCGUUAAUGGACUGCGAACUAGUAAUAAGAAGUGCAUGGAGCCACCGAGAUCAACUUUAAUUGCUUUCCCAGCCAACAAUUUAAAUGGCUCUCAUUGUUCCUUCAACAAUUGCCUUUCUUCGUCUUCAUCAUCUUCCUCUUCUUCUUCACCUUCUUCAUCCUCUGACCAUCCACCUUCGCAUCUCUCACAUUUUCAUAAUAACAUCAACAGUAAUAACAAUAAUAUUAACAUGAAUAAUAAUGUUGUUACUGAUAACCCUCCAGCAACACCUUCAACAGACUCUCGGACUCCUGAUUCUUCCUCCUCACCCAUAUCCGCUUCCUCUUCUCUAUCAUCUUCUCUUUCAUCUUCCCUCUCAUCUUCUCUAUCAUCUUCAAAGGUAUCUUCAUCUUCAUCCUCGUCUUCAUCUAUACCUGGAAUUGCUACCAUUGACUCGUCAUCUUCUGUCUCUUCAUCAUCUUCAGCAUUAUCAUCUUCCUUUUCAUCAUUUUCCUCUUUUUCCCUUGACCCUUAACCUUAACUCGUAAAAUGUAAUAUUUUUAUCAGCAAAACAUAUUGUAAUGUUGUAAUAUUAUAAUAUUGGUAAAUGGGUAAAUCUUUUUUCUUUUCGGUAAAAAA